AUGGCUGUUGACGACGAGGCGGCUGACAUUUUUGCGAUCCCCGAUUUCUGGAAGUCGUCGAGCUGGCUAGCUGGAGAUGGGCCCACCUCGAGCUUCUUUUCCCUCGACUUGAGGGAAAUUGACUCUCGUGUCAAGGUCGAUCCAAUACUCACCGACGACGAGGGAUUCUUCCGACAGCCGGCCUUCGCUUCCGAGUCACAGCAGGAUUCUACGUUAAACGACGAGCCGACGACGGAGGAAGAGUCUGAGCACUGCUUUUCGGAAGGGUCCGAUAGUAUUCUUGACCUUUGGCUUCUAGACGAACCCCGGGAGAAGGUCCCGGAAUACAAAUCGUGGGAUACCUUUGGCGCGCAAGAUGCGCCGAGACUUCAGGCUCUGUAUGUCACGGAGGCGGGGCCGAACGUGUACGAUGCGCUCCUCGGAGGGGAAGAAGAUCCUCUAGAUCUGAAAAACGGCGAACAUGCGGUCGUCAAUACAAAGACAUACUUCUCGGCGCUGAUGGCCGUUGCUGUCGGUCGCGAAUCAGUCCUUUUCACCUACGAUGCCAAGGUCUUUAAGCCUGUCUUGCCCAAGAUGAGGAUAUCGGGUUAUUCCGGUGACGUUUUGAGAGGAAUACAGGACAUGUCGGUAGGCUGCGGGGCAAUGUUCCGUCGGUUGCGAAAACUCGUCGAUUCGACGUAUACGAAACAUCCUACGCCCGUUCGGGUAGCUCUGGCGAGUGCUCUGGACACCGUGUUGGGGGUUAUUGAAGCAACCAUUGCAGUCGAAGGUCGACAAGCGCGAUCGCUUCUGCAACUACAGCUAAAAAUCAGGGGAAUCUUCUCCAUUUUGAGAGAGUUCGACGGUCUAGUCGGGGGCCUGAGGUCUAGCCAUACGGACGAUGCUAUCCUCUCUCUGGUCUUCCGGCGGGCCAUGGCUGCCGAGUACAAGGAUGUGCAUGUGCGGGACACGAUGCGAGAGGUCCUGCAGAGAGUCUCAAGGCCUUGGCUCGACUUUAUGGAGGAGUGGAUUGGCACACGACCGGAGACUGGGAUCCGGCUUACGAAGAAUGACGUUGGACUACGGAAAUGCUUCGUGAAGGUGGAUAGCGAGAUGUACGUUGAUGAUUUUGGCCAGGAAGUGGAAGAUGUUGAUUUUCGGUUGGAUCGAGAGUCAGUGCCGGAAUUUAUACCGGACGAUAUUCUCGAUGCGAUUUUCGAGACGGGGAAGAACCUUCGGUUUAUCAAAGCUAGCCAUCCGAAUCAUCCACUCGCACGGCAGGAAAACGUAUCUACCAAUGACCCACCACGGAAUAGCUGGCUUUACGAUUGGGACUCGAUCUUACGGCUCGAAAAUAGGGUUGCGGAUUAUCAGGCAAGCUUAGCUUCUACAUUAUCGAGACUCAGAGCCGAGAACGACGAUCAGCAAAGGCAAGACAACCUCACGUCGCUGAGCGGUCAAGAGGGCUUCGAGCUCCGAGUAUUUGGGGCGGAUGCAUCUCAGAUAGAACAUCUCAUUCUAUCAUCCAUUCAAGAACUGGGCGAGCCCCUACGAGAGAAUGUGAAGGAGGACAAGCUGAAAGUGAUUGUCAAAAAACGACUCUCAGGCGGCCAACAAAAUGAAUACGAGGACCGCGGCCUAGACUUUAGUCCACACUGGUCACUUCUACCAGCAUUAUCCUUUGGGCCAAUCGUGAUGGCCCACGCCCGCAUCGUCAACCGAGAGAGCCUACGGCUACUCUUCACGGCGCACGACCUACGCGGACAUCUUCGAGUCCAGCGCCAGUUUCAUCUCUUCGGCAAUGGCAUGUUUUGCAGUCGCCUCUCCCACGCGCUGUUCGAUCCGGACCUGGAGACGGCGGAAAGGCAGCCCGGUGUCGCUCGCCAAGGAGGCGUCAUGGGCUUGCGUCUAAGUGGCCGAGACAACUGGCCACCUGCGAGCUCGGAACUCCGGCUAGCUCUUAUGGGGAUCCUAGCCGAGAGCUACGCCUCGGAAAAGAACGCAGAGCCUCAUGGGGGAGGGAGCUUAGAAGGCCCUCAGGACUUGCCGGGCGACCUAAGCUUCUCGGUGAGAGACAUGUCGCCGGAAAAUGUCGACAAGUGCAUGGAUCAGGACGCUCUCGAGGCCCUCGACUUUCUCCGCUUAUCUUACAAGCCUCCACCGGCGCUAGCAUCCAUCUUCACCCCAGUGAUCCUGGUGCAGUAUGAUCGGGUCUUCAAGGUGAUGCUCAGAGUCCUCCGGUUAGUCUACGUGAUCAACCAGCUCUUCCAGGACAUCAACUCGCGAACGUGCAGGUGGUACAACCCGAGCAAUGCCGCCGUCCGCUUCUGCUUCGAGGCACGUCACUUCGUGCACAGCAUCGCCAGCUACUUUGUCGACGUGGGCAUCUCGAAGACGUGGCGCGCCUUCGAAUUCUGGCUCGACAAGGUCGAAAAGAAUGUGGUGGGUGACGACGACGACCGCAACGAUGAGAAAGGCACGCGGCACAGUCCCGAGCGGCUGCGGCUGUGCCACUCGUUGAUCUUGGACCACAUCAUGCAUGCGCUUUUACUCAGGAAGAGACAGCAGCCCGUUCUCGCGCUUCUCGAAGAGAUUUUUACUUCGGUUUUGCAGUUUGCUAAAAGGGUUAGGACGACGCUCGAUGAUGCCGAGGAGGGACCCGAAGUGGGGGAUUUGUACGGGGCGUUUAGGAAGAAGGUGGAGGUGUUUAUCACGGUUUGUCGUGGGCUUGCGGAGAAGGGAGACUUGGGGUUGAGGAAGGAGGCAGAGGAGGUUAUGGAUGAUGUUCAGGAUGCGCUGGGGAGGGAGUUGAGGGAGAAUAGUAAUAUUGGCUACUUGUUGAUGAAGCUAGACAUGUUUAACUAUUACUGGAAGGGGACGAGAUAA